AUGUCUGAGUACGCCUCUAACUUGGAUGCUAUCAUCAUCGGCGCCGGCCCUGCCGGCAUUGCCAUGGCAUAUCAAUUGAAGCACAAGCUUGGGUUCGAGGAGUUCACUGUUUACGAGAAGUUGGACGGCGUUGGUGGGACCUGGCGGACCAACACCUACCCAGGCUGUGGCUGCGACCUGCCCUCACAUCUCUAUUCAUUCAGUUUCAAUCUGAACCCCAACUGGUCCAAACAAUUGUGCGAGCAACCAGAGAUUUUACAGUGUGAGUGCAUGAACAGUCCAAAGCCAUUGAGUAGAGCCCAGGCUGACAGAAGGCUGCAGAUAUGGAGGACACGGUCGACAAAUUCGAUCUACCCAAGCACGUCCACAUGCAUCGAAUGUAUUGGCGCAGAGUGGAAAGCUAAUCUCAAGAAAUGGAAAGUUCACUUGAAAGAUAUCAGCACUGGAGCAGACUACUAUCGGCACGCGUCAGUUUUUGUCUCCGCCGUAGGGGCGAUCUCGUUCCCGCGAGACGUCAGGCUCUCGGGUAUGGAAGACUUCAAGGGCCCAAUGUUUCACACUGCUCGCUGGGAUCAUUCUGUCUCAUGGAAAGGCAAGAGAGUGGCAGUGAUUGGGAAUGGGUGUAGUGCGGCGCAAGUCGUUCCGGCUAUAUCAAAGGGCGCAGCUUUCGUCAAGCAAUAUGCUCGCAGCGCACAAUGGUAUCACCCUCGACCGAAUCAUCGGUUUACGGCUUUCGAGAAAUGGGCCUUCAGAUGGAUCCCACUUUGGCAGCGACUUCUUCGGCUGGGUAUAUUUCUCGAAGCCGACGAACAGACGACGGCGUACUUCCCAACACCAAAAGGCAAACGGGUCCGAGCUGCAGCUGAGAAGGAAUCAACUGAAUACAUUCGAUCAAAGGCGCCAAAGAAAUACUGGGACUUCAUCGUCCCAGACUUUCCGCUGGGCUGCAAACGACGAAUCUUCGACCCCGACUACCUCGACGCGCUAGCACAGCCUAACGUCGAGCUGCUCAACCACGGAAUCGACCACAUAACAGAGACAGGCAUCGUCUCUUCUGGUGGCGAUGUGGAAUCAUUCGACAUCAUAGUUCUCGCCACCGGCUUCCAAGUCGCAAAUUUCCUGACACCAAUGAAGAUCAUUGGGGCACACGGAGCAAGCCUGGAAGAGCAGUGGAAUGAGAGCCGUGGCGCUCAAGCCUACAUGGGCACAUACGUCCACAACUUCCCCAACCUUGCCAUUAUCUUUGGCCCGAACACGUUCCCAGCCAACAACUCCGCCCUAUUCGCCUGCGAAACCCAAGUCGACUACGCGGUCAAAUCACUCUUUGAGCCAUUGGCAGAUGGUAGAGCCGACAUCAUUGAGGUCAAACGAACCGCAGAGGACUCAGCAACGCAGAAGAUCCACCAUGAGUUGACUGCGUCUGUCUUCGCGGGCGAUUGUUCCAACUGGUACAUCGGGAAGCAUGGGCGAAACGCAGCAUCCUGGCCUGGUCUCGCUCGGUCGUUCUGGCUGGCAACCUAUUUUCCAAACUGGAAGGCUUUCAAUAUGAAAGGUGGGACAAUCUUCUGGCCUCUUAAGGCUUUCCAGCGUCGCGUGCUCCAAAUCCUUACAUCUUCCACAACAUAUCAGCUGUCGGCGAUUCUGGUGGUGACGAUGAUGAUGUUUGGAGAUCGCCAAGGAGUUUUGAGUGCCAUGACGGCGGUCAGACAUGGGCUGGGGAACAGACUGCUGGGCUGGCGACGAUAG